AUGAUUAAUAACUUCUAGUGUGUACAAGGUCUUUUAGUCUGCUCGGUCUGCAUGUGGAUUAAUGUUUUCAACGUCUAAUUUUGAAAUGACCACCAAUUCUGAAGAGGUCUUGGGUGAAACCUGGGAUUAUUGUAUAGCGGAUACUCUAAUCAAAACUGGUUCAGGUUUAGCCGUAGGAGGUAUAUUAUCCUUGAUAGCUUUUAAAAGGAGAAAGUGGCCAAUCGUAUUUGGUCUUGGAACAGGGUUUGGAAUGGGUUUAGCAAAUUGUCAGCAUGCAUUCCGUGAUCCUCAUUUAAGAAAGAUGUUGAAUUAUAAGUUGAAGCCAAAGGAGCAAAAAAGUGAAAAAGAAUCUUAGAUUGUUAUUGUGUAGCUCUAAAAUUUUAGUGUAUUAUAGAACAAAGUCUUAACAAUAAACUAUGCACUAUUUAUAAUAACUAAUUCAAA